GGCUCUGCAGUGAGAAGGUCAAUAUUGAUGUUCGGUAUUUGAGCAGAAGGAAGUUUUGCAGUAUUGGUUUAUUUUGAUAAUAAUAAUAAUAAUAAUAAUUUACAUCACUGUUUGUCAAUGGGUUCCAUGUCUCUCAGCUGUCUUAAACAGUUAAUGAGAGCGAUGAUUGACUCUCCUGGCUUUGAUCGAGUAUUAAGUAAGGUGGCUCUUGUUUCAGCUAGCCCUGGAAAGGUGGUCUGUGAAAUGAAAGUGGAAGAGGAGCACACAAACCGCGGAGGCACGCUGCAUGGAGGCUUGACUGCAACCCUGGUAGAUGUGAUUUCAACAACAGCAUUGAUGUACACAGAGCGUGGAGCCCCAGGUGUCAGCGUGGACAUGAAUAUAACGUACAUGAAUGCAGCAAAGAUCGGUGAAGAUGUUCUUAUUACGGCACAGGUUCUGAAACAAGGCAAAACUCUUGCUUUUGCUACUGUAGAUGUGACCAGCAAAGCUACUGGAAAACUCAUUGCUCAAGGACGACAUACAAAGCACCUGGGAAACUAAUAUGCCAAUGGUUCAUUCCAUUAAAACAUAACUGACAACAGUUAUACUGACAAAGCACUAGCAUCACAUCUUUUACACUAUGACUGUAAAUACACUGUGUAACAAAAAAAAAUUUUUUUUUUUGUUCCUGGGUAGUAAGUGUUAUUUCCUAAUUGCUUAUGCC